AUGUCGAAGCCGUGGAAGCUGAGGUGCGGGAUGGUUGGGGAGCUUUGUGUGGGAGGCCUUCAGGUGGCUGCCGGAUAUCUCAACCGAUCCGAGCUCACAGCUGCAAAGUUUGUGCCCAACCCUUUCGAGGGCCGAAUAGAUGACAAGGGCCCCACGCAAUGGCCCUGUGGGCCCGGCUGGGAGGGACGCCGUGGGCCCCAUCCUUCCUGGGAGGGGCCUGGCUGGGCUGCCCGCUCGGUGGAGUCCGCCCCGGUGCACGGUCAUCGCCUCUACAAGACGGGCGAUCUCGUGCGUUGGACGGAGGAUGGAUCCCUGAACUACUUCGGUCGAAUCGACGGCCAGGUGAGAAGCUGA